AUGGCUGAGACUACUGACAAAAAGAAGAGAGUCUUCAAGACCUUCUCAUUCAAGGGUGUUGAUUUAAAGGAACUUGUUACCUUAGACACUGAAGAUUUCGCUAAAUUAUGUGGUGCUAGAGUCAGAAGAAGAUUCUCCAGAGGUUUAGACUCUAAGCCAAUGGGUUUAAUCAAGAAGUUAAGAGCUGCCAAGUUAGCUACUCAACCAAACGAAAAGCCAGCUGUCGUCAAGACCCACUUAAGAAACAUGAUUGUUGUUCCAGAAAUGAUUGGUUCUGUUGUCGGUGUUUACAACGGUAAGGUUUUCAACACUGUUGAAAUCAGACCAGAAAUGGUUGGUCACUACUUAGGUGAAUUCUCCAUCUCUUACACCCCAGUUAGACACGGUAGAGCUGGUAACGCCUCAUCCAGAUUCAUUCCAUUAAAAUAA